UAAAUAAAAAAAAUAAAAUAAUCUUAUCAAAAUGGUGGAAAGCGAUUUAAUAAAUAAAAAUCUUUUAAGUGACAGCCAGCGGGGCAACAAGGCCCAAAUUGUGCCCGUCCAAACCAAAACGCUACAACAUCUGCCGAAGCGACCGGCCGUGGAUUUGGCCUUUCACAAUUUGACAUUACGUGUCAAGGAAGGAAAUCGUAGCAAUGCCAAAACAAUCCUCAAGGGUGUCAGCGGACGUUUACGUUCCGGUGAACUCACCGCUAUUAUGGGACCAUCUGGGGCUGGUAAAAGUACCCUGCUGAACAUUCUGUCCGGUUACAAAGCCAACAACAUCGAGGGUAGCGUAACAAUGAAUGGCCAUGAACGUAACAUUAGUGCCUUCCGUAAAUUGUCUGCCUAUAUUAUGCAGGACAAUCAGCUGCACGGCAAUUUGACCGUCCAAGAAGCCAUGACUGUUGCCACAAAUUUGAAGCUGAGCAAAAAAUUCACCAAAGCCGAAAAACAAUCUAUGAUCGAUGAUAUUCUUUUGACACUGAGUUUAAGUGAACAUCGUAAUACAUUGACACGCAAUCUGUCCGGCGGUCAAAAGAAACGUCUUUCAAUUGCCUUAGAAUUGGUCAACAAUCCCCCAAUCAUGUUCUUCGAUGAACCCACAUCGGGUUUGGACAGUUCCACCUGUUUCCAAUGUAUCAAUUUACUGAAAAUGUUGGCGGAAGGUGGUCGUACUAUUAUUUGUACCAUUCAUCAACCUUCGGCUCGUCUAUUUGAAAUGUUCGAUCAAUUGUAUACGUUGUCCGAUGGUCAGUGUGUCUACCAGGGUAGCACCAAACAGCUUGUGCCUUUCUUGUCCACAUUGAAUUUGGAAUGUCCCAGUUAUCAUAACCCGGCCAGUUACAUUAUUGAAGUGGCUUGCGGUGAACAUGGUGAUCAUACACGUCGUCUGGUCGAUGCCAUCGGUAAUGGUAGUAAAGAUAUUCGUUCUGCUGCCGAUUAUGCUGAACUGAAGGCCCGCAACGAUUUGAUGAAAGUGCAGAAUUUGAAAGCCAUCUUGGAUAAAAAUGAUGCUGCCAAUUCGACGGGUGGUAAAUUUGAGGAUAAUUUGAAACUGAACAAUGGUAUUUUGAAAUCGAAUUUAGUCAAUGAUAUUGCCAAAGAAUCGGCAACAGCUGGUCCUGUUGUCAGCACCAAUGAAAAAGGUGAUGCCAUGAUUGAAUUGGAAAAGACAGAUAAUUGUACCACGGCAUUGUUGUCAUCGGAAAUUACAUCGCCCGAGAGAUAUCCCACUUCACAAUUUCAUCAAUUCUGGAUUGUUUUGAAACGUACCUUGCUUUUCAGUUUCCGCGAUUGGACCCUUAUGUACUUGCGUUUGUUUGCCCAUUUAUUGGUUGGUUUCCUAAUCGGUGCCUUGUACUAUGAUAUCGGUAAUGAUGGUGCCAAGGUUUUGAGUAAUUUGGGUUUCCUCUUCUUCAAUAUGUUGUUCUUGAUGUACACUUCGAUGACAAUUACUAUUUUAUCAUUCCCUCUCGAAAUGCCUGUAUUGCUAAAGGAAAACUUUAAUCGAUGGUAUUCGUUGAAAUCGUACUAUUUGGCUAUAUCCGUGGCGGAUAUACCAUUCCAGGCUAUUUUCUGUACCAUCUAUGUGGCAAUUGUCUAUUAUUUCACCUCACAGCCGUGGGAGUUGUUCCGUUUUGCAAUGUUCUUGGGCGCAUGUCUGAUGAUCUCAUUUGUUGCACAGUCCGUGGGUUUGGUUGUUGGUGCUGCUAUGAAUGUACAAAACGGUGUAUUCUUGGCCCCUGUAAUGUCGGUGCCAUUCUUGCUCUUCUCCGGCUUCUUUGUAUCGUUUGAUGCCAUCCCCGUGUACUUGAGAUGGAUCACCUAUUUGUCAUACAUCCGUUAUGGUUUCGAAGGUACUGCCUUGGCUACCUAUGGUUUUGGUCGCGAGAAAUUGAAGUGCCAUCAGACCUAUUGUCAUUUCAAAUCACCCAUGACCACUUUGGAGGAAUUGGAUAUGGUUAAUGCCAGCUACACGUUGGAUAUUGUUGCUUUGGUCGUGAUCUUUGUGGUGCUGAGACUUUCGGCAUAUCUCUUCUUGAAAUGGAAGUUGAAGACAGCACGCUAAGAUGGAUGCGGAUCGGAAAAUUGGAUGUAUGCG